AUGGGUGGUGGCACUUUUGACGUCUCCAUUUUGACAAUCACGGAUACCGUCUUCGAGGUGAAGGCAACAGCUGGAGAUCCUCACCUGGGUGGGGAGGAUUUCGACAAUCGCAUGCUGAGCUACUGCAUUUCGGAGUUCCGCCGGAAGCACAAGUCGGAUCCGACCCGGAAUCAGAGAGCACUACGUCGACUUCGGACCCAGUGCGAGCGCGCAAAGCGGCAGCUGUCCACACAGACAUCCGUGACAAUAGAGAUUGACUCCCUGCACGAGGGCGUCGACUUCAGUAUGCGGCUUUCCCGUGCAAAAUUCGAAGAGCUUUGCAUGGAUUACUUCAAGAAGGCAAUGGAGCCUGUCUCACAGUGCUUGGCAGACAGCAGUCUGCCAAAGUCGCAGAUCUCCGACGUAGUGCUCGUAGGUGGCUCCACUCGCAUCCCCAAAGUUCAAGAGUUGAUCAGCGCCUUCUUCAACGGCAAGCAUCUCUGCAAGGAGAUCAACCCGGAUGAAGCGGUAGCAUAUGGAGCAGCUGUUCAGGCAGCGAUUGUUUCGGGUACCGGAACAGAGGAGGUCGAGAACAUGCUGCUCCUCGACGUGGCACCUUUGUCCUUAGGCAUCGAGAUGGCGGGUGGCAUGAUGCAAAAACUCAUCGAGCGAAACAGCACGAUCCCGACCAACAAGAGCCAGGACUUCACCACCGCAGAGGAUUAUCAGGAUCACGUGGAGAUCAAGGUCUACGAGGGCGAGCGAGCCAUGGUCAAAGACAACAACUACCUUGGCAAGUUCGUUCUCACCGGCCUCCCAAAGACUUUGAGGGGCGUGCCGAAGAUCAAGGUUACCUUCAACGUCGACUCGAACGGAAUCUUGGAAGUGACUGCAGAGGACAUGAAGACGCAUCGGAAGGGAGAGAUCCAGAUCACCAAUGAGAAAGGUCGUCUGUCUCAGCGCGAGAUCGAGCGCAUGCUUCAGGAUGCAGAACAGCACAAGGAUGAAGACGAUUUGGCAAGAGGCGAGAUCAUGGCCAGAGAGUCCCUGACCGUGUACAUGCGGCGGACGAGGAAGGCCAUGGAAGACAUAGAUGCCGAGAAGAUCCUGCGACGAGACAAAGAACGCCUUGAGAAAAAGAUGGAGGAGGUCGAUAUCUGGCUAGACGAAUUCUCGAUGAAGGCUACGAAGGAAGAGUUCGAAGCCAAACAGCGGGAGCUUGAAGCCGCCAUGAAUACCAUCAUGUUGAAAAUCAACAGGACACUGGCCACAUUCUCGUUGUGUGCUUCUGCUCUUCUCUAA